AUGACGAGCUCUGGUAUUGUUAGAUAUGCUCAGGACGACAUGUCGACGCGACUACGACCAUCCAGCUAUGUUGACUACUUUUCCCACGAUUGGACUCAAGAGGCUAUUCAGAAAUCCUGGAAAUAUAUCGCGUCAAACUCCAAUGAACUCGAUAAUGCGGCUCGCUUAGGAAAUGCAUCCUUGAGAAUAUGGAUAAAACACAUGAACAAGCUAAAGACCAUACCUCCAGAGGCCCUGAAUUGGUAUAAGGACUACGAUGUUACGUGGCUCUAUGGACCAUUACAGACAAAUGAUGGGAUUACAUCAAACAAUAAAACUAUUUCGAGUUCGUCUAAUAAGAAACCCAGCUUGAAGAAAAGGAGCACGCUGGACACCAUAUCUCAGGGAUCAUUCUUCUCAACAUCAAUAGACCAACUAAAACAAAUUAACGGGAUAACACGAGUAACAAGUAUACAGUUCCGUCUCUUACCAUCUUCAAUCCUGCGACUUCUAUUCUCUACUGGGGAGCGCAAACACGUCCGUUUUAGCCAAGAAAUCACAGUCUAUUCUUACUAG